AUGGGCGCCCUUCUAUCUCUACCGCUGCUCGCGGUACCCAGCAUGGGCACGGUAGUAUCCUGCUUCGCCAGCUGCUGUGGUGCGGCAACAUGCUCCAUGGUCUGUAGCGCGUGUGGCAAAUGCGGUAACAGCAUAGCUACGCGUAUCGCCUACGCUCUACUUCUCCUCGUCAACUCCAUCUUAGCAUGGAUUAUGCUCACAGACUGGGCCAUCGAGAAACUUCAACAUCUCGCGCUUGACUACGUCAAAAUCAACUGCCCCACGGGACAGUGCUAUGGGUGGCUGGCUGCCCAUCGAAUCAACUUUGCUCUCGGACUUCUACACCUCAUCUUCGCUGGUCUUCUCUUCGGUGUCAGAUCCUCCAAAAAUCCUCGAGCCGCUAUACAAAAUGGUUACUGGGGACCUAAGAUUAUCGCUUGGCUGGCAUUGAUUGUCAUGUCCUUCCUCAUUCCGGACAAAUUCUUCAUGUUUUGGGGAAACUACGUCUCUUUUGGGGCUGCCAUGUUGUUCCUUAUCCUUGGUCUCAUUUUACUCGUGGACUUGGCACACAGCUGGGCUGAAUACUGCCUGGGACAGAUCGAAGAGACUGACUCUAGGGUCUGGCGAAUCGUCCUUGUUGGUUCAACCUUGGGCAUGUACUUGGCAUCGAUUGCGAUGACUGUCGUCCAAUACAUCUUCUUUGCCCAGGGUAGCUGCACCAUGAACCAGACCGCCAUCACUGUCAACCUGAUUCUCUGGCUGAUUAUUUCUGUUGUGUCAGUUAACCCCACAGUCCAGGAAUACAACCCCAAGGCUGGGUUGGCUCAAGCCGCAAUGGUUGCCGUCUACUGCACCUAUUUGACAAUGUCAGCUGUUUCCAUGGAACCUGAUGACAAGAACUGCAACCCCCUGGUUCGCGCUCAAGGGACAAGAACCACAUCCGUCGUCAUUGGUGCCAUUGUCACCAUGCUUACGGUUGCUUACACCACUACCCGCGCCGCUACUCAAAGCCUUGGCUUGGGAGGCAACGGUAACGGCAUUCAACUUCCCGAAGAUGAUGAGCAUGACUUGGUCACGCAGCAACCUAUCCAUCGUCGUGAAAUGCGGGCAGAGGCUCUGCGUCGUGCUGUCGAGGAGGGCAGUCUACCGGCCGAUGCGCUACUCUCUGACGACGAGAGCGAUGAUGGCGCAAAUCAUGCACAUGAUGAUGAGAGAUCCAGCACUCAGUAUAAUUACUCAAUGUUCCACAUCAUCUUCUUCCUAGCCACGGCAUGGGUAUCGACACUGCUCACUCUUAAUUUCGAGGAGUCUACUCGGGAUGGCCAGUUUGCCACCGUUGGCCGUACAUAUGGUGCAAGCUGGGUCAAGAUUGUCAGCGCUUGGAUCUGCCAUGGAAUGUAUAUCUGGACGCUUGUUGCACCGAUUCUGCUUCCUGAGCGGUUUGACUCAUAA